UUCUCACUGCACUGGAGCAGCACAUGAACUCAUCUCAUAUUUGGCUUAGAGUCAAACUAUAUGAUCAAUCUGUUAAAGGUGAUACAUCUUAAUUUAGAACAAACCCACAGUUUAAAAAGAAAAUCCACUGGGUCCAAAUUCAACUAGGCAACAGCACUUCUUUCAAAUUAUUCGACUUCCCUCCUCCGAUCCUUUUCCCUUCAUUUUUGCAAUUUUGAUUCCCGAAGUGGCUCCGAAGUGGUGUUGCGGCUCCUCGUCCCCGGCGGAUCCGGAGAUUGGAGUCUCUGCACCGGGAGGAGGCGGAGUCGGACCUCCGGCCACACCGCAGGCUCCCAAGAGCGGCCGCGUCAAAAGGAUGGUGCGACUGGCGGCGGAACUGCUGCUGCUCCUGGGACUUCUACUCCUUACCUUGCACAUCACAGUGCUGCGGAGCAGUCCGCUGCCCCAGGGGAAUGUAACUCUGAGUCUGGACUCAGCACUUACAGAGAACAACAUAAAUGCAAAAAGCAGCUCCUCUGUCCAGCUGGCUCCUGAAGACCGGAGGUCUGGUCCAGAACACCGGCUGGCCCUGCCCUGGGCGAAAGGCAGCAACGUACACAGGGACGGUCCCGGCACUUUCCUGCUAGAUCUGCACAAUUUCCCCGACCUCUCCAAAGCCGAUAUCAAUGGACAGAAUCCCAACAUACAGGUGACCAUAGAAGUGGUGGAUGGACUGGAGGGCCAUGAGCCGGAGAAAGGCCUCCGCAAGGAAAGCAAACCCAACUGGGCUUCUCCUAACUGGAGAAACUGGUGGCCUCAUACUUCUUCAUCCUCCUCCUCCUCCUCCUCCUCCUCCACCACUCAUCAAACGGAGGAGCACGAUCGCUCCUAUGGGACCAACAGUGAAGACAGCAACUUCCUCAGGCCGCCGCCAGACUGGGACAGGAGAGGAGGCACUGGGGGAGGGAGCAAAGCUCAAACUGAAUAUGACUAUAUGGAUGGAGAGGGGGACUGGAGUAACUGGUCAGCGUGCAGUGUGACCUGUGGAAAUGGCAACCAGAAGAGGACCAGGUCUUGCGGUUACGCCUGCACAGCCACGGAAUCCAGGACCUGUGAUAUGCCCAACUGUCCAGGUAUUGAGGAUGCCUUCAAGACUGCAGCGACUGAAGUCAGCCUGUUAGCUGGAACAGAUGAGUUCAAUGCCACAGAGCUCUUUGGUGUUGACACAGACAGCUGCGAGCGAUGGAUGAACUGCAAAAGCGACUUCUUGAAGAAGUACAUGACCAAGGUGGCAAACGACCUUCCCAGCUGCCCUUGCUCUUACCCAACUGAGGUGGCGUACAGCACGGCAGACGUACACGACGCUCCCACGCGCCGAGAUUUCCGUUGGAAAGACGCCAGCGGGCCAAAAGAGAAGCUGGAGAUCUACAAGCCCACAGCCCGUUACUGCAUCCGCUCCAUGCUGACGCUGGAGUCCACCACGCUGGCCGCACAGCACUGCUGCUACGACGACAACAUGAAGCUCAUCACUCGCGGCAAAGGGGCCGGCACGCCCAACCUCAUCAGCACAGAGUUCUCAGCCGACCUGCACUAUAAGGUGGACAUCCUGCCCUGGAUCAUCUGCAAAGGGGACUGGAGCCGCUACAACCAGGCCAGGCCGCCAAACAACGGGCAGAAAUGUCCUGACAACCCCCAGGACGAGGACUACUACAAACAGUUUGAAGAAGCAAGGGAAUUCUAGCCCUGUAUAGAGUGAAAGGAGAAAAAAAACACACACUGCUUAAAUAUUCAGCUAAACCUCAAAAAUGGUGCUGAACCAUUUUUCAUUCUGUUUUAGGUCAAAUAACAAAUGAACUUUUAGGCUCUGAGGAACAAGACUUACUGCUCCAAGAGGAAUGAAAAUCCAACAGAGUCUGAAC